AUGAAGCCCUUCUUCUUCCUCCUCCUGGAGUGGCAGCCCUGGCGUGGCUCUCUACCCAAAGGAUCCGUUUCAAUUUACAAUCAUUACACAUAUCGCUAUGAUUACGUCUGCAAAUACAGGUGUGAAGCUGGCUUCUACAACCCCCAAAUGGGUCCUUACUGCCGCUUCCCCUUUGCAACACGAGUGUACCGUUGUGCUACGUUUGAGGUCCUGGUGAACAGGGAUAACUUUGAGUUUCUACAGUGGAAGUCGGGUUCCUAUGGUUCAGUGCCCCAGAAUUCAAUAGGGACCUGCUCCGGAGGCGACAAAUACGUCGGCAUGAACAAGUAUGGGCUCGGAAAGGUGCAUACUACGCACGGGGCAUUCUACCUUCCCUGGAAAGGUAAAGAGUAUUGGUACAGAAGUUGGUACCAGGUCCUGACCAUCAAUAAGGGUGUGAUGAGUGAGGUCAUUUCUGAUGUCAAGUACAAAACUGAUAAAAUGAAAAUCUUCCAUUAUCCUCCAGAGACCAUGCGCAUCUCUACCAUCACCAACCAUGCAUGCAGUUCAGUAGUGAAAACAGUUAUGCUCUCAAAGACAGAUAUGGUGGAGCAUCGGUGGGACACAGGUUUUGCCCUCACAUUGGGCGUCACAAGCUCCUUCACCACUGAAAUACCCAUUAUUGGUUUUGAAACGUCAAUUUCAUUUAGUGUUGAGACAACAUUAGAUUUCUCACAAGGAACAUCCAUAACAGAGGAAAACUCCCACUCUGUUUCUGUGCAGUUCAAUGUUCCAUCUAACCAUGUCUGCAGAGCCCGUAUGGUGGGAUAUAAGAACAAGGCAGACAUCCCCUUUACAGCCCGACUUACACGCACCAACCACAAUGGGAAGACCCACUCGACAACCAUAACUGGGACGUACUAUGGUGUCCAGAUUGGAGAAGUCCAUGCCAUGGUGGAUCGCUGUAGACCUGUACCAGAUGCCAGCCCUUGCCGCUGAAAGACUAACCAUGGGCAUCCUGGUAGCCAAGUGCAGUGGAUCCCCAUGUAGGUGUUACAUCUCAAGAAAAUCAGAGCUGAAUAUCAAGAGGAACUAGAAAGAAAACCCAUUUCCCCAGCAAAAUUUCUUCUAAUUUUU